AGACGGGAAGUGAUCUUAUUCCAAACUGUCUCUGACAAUAACUUAUUAUAUUUCUUUUGCUUUUUUGCAGAUUCCUUGGAAUGUUAGGCGACAAAUAAGGGAGUUUUAAAACAUCAUACUAACAUUUUUACCUAUUUUUAGGUCGUCGAGGGAUUAUCUGACGGACCAUCACAAGACAUUGAAGGAUUACGCUGGAAAACUGUGAGUAUUUUGUAAGUUUUUUUCCUAUUUUCUCUAACAUAUUUCUCUUUUUAGGUAGACGACAAUAAAAGCGUGGGAAAGAAUUAAGGAAAAAUCAUCGUGAAAUAAAGAAGAGAAAUCAAUAAAUCUGAUUAACUGAUAAAUAUCAAGUUCAGAUGCAGCAAGAUUGGAUGUUUAGGGAAAAGAAGAAGCUUUGCAGCCGCCGAGGAUUUAAGCAUCACACGAAUAGCCGGACUCACGUGGGAUCAGUGGAAUGCGCGACUGGCCAUGCCGCUGGUGACGCAGCUGCGAGAGGGUGUGCAUCCGCUGGUCUUUCCCACGGAUCUGUCGGUGAACCAGGAGGGCGGUGGCAAGGGUGACCUCAAUCCGGGCUUCUCCUGUCCCGACUGUGGGCGUCUGUACAAGCUGAAGUCGUCACUGAGGAACCACCAGAAGUGGGAGUGCGGCAAGGAGCCACAGUUUCAGUGCCCGUUCUGCGUGUAUCGCGCCAAGCAGAAGAUGCACAUUGGGCGCCACAUGGAGCGGAUGCACAAGGAGAAGUUUAUCAAGUUGGAGCACGACAAGGACAUGAAGUUGGAGGAGGGAAGCGACUUGGCGUCGCACAACAAUACAAUCUGAUUGGGUGUGUGCUCUCGUCACAAUUGAGAGACGCACCCACAACCCCUCGAUGGAAAGUUGGGGGGCUAAAGCACAGUGAAAGACGAUGUCCGCAGAUGGACACACGACACUCAUGAAGCAUUCCACGAAUUGAUGAAAUUAUUGAAGAGAGUUUUCUUUAUAUCAUUGAAAAACUAAUGAAUUACGAUUACGGUGCAUUUUAUUAUAUUUUUUAUUAGAUCUAUACUUGUGUAAGGAUAUAAAAUGAAAUUUAUAUGUAUUGUUCUCGAACUCAUGACGAUAUAGAACCAUGUUUAGGUUUACUGAAGAGUGGAAUAUCUGCAUCUUUUCCCAGAUUUUAUUACUUUGUAAUCUUGUAGAUAUUAAGAAAGUGAUAUAUUUUAGGUAGGAGAAAAAAAACAUGAGAAAGAUAGUAAAAGUGGCAAGGAAAUAAGAGCAAUGUUUUACAAUCAAAUAAGAUGUUAUAAAACAGAGAUAGAGAGAAGAGGAAGAUGCAGAAAUAAGGGAAUUAUUGAGAAUAGAGUGAUCUUUUCUGCAAGGAGAAAUACUAUCAUUGUAAUUUUAUACACACAUUUUUUAAUAUGUAAUAUCUUAUGGUAGAACUGUACUGUAUAGUUUUCUUCUUUUUCCAUUCAGUCAAUGAUUUUUUUAUACAGAUACUUUACUCGUAGUUUAUUUAAAGAACUAGUGGACGAAAUAUCACUGAGAAUAGAAAACAAGAACAAAAGGAAAUAAUUGCAUUUACAUGAAGAUCACUUCACACAUAACACACACAAACACACACAGACCGCAUAGUAUUGAACAGAGAAUUACUUUUCAUCAUUUUUCUACACAACAGAUAGUGAAAAAAAACACAAAAAAAAAAUUUACACAAUGAAAAAAGAGACAUAUGAGAAAAGACUUGUUACCGCAAAUCGCGAUAAUUUGCAGCAUUUUUUGUCAUUUGUGUUGUUGUAAAACAGACUUUAAAAAAGGGAAAUAGUAAUUUAUAUGAAAUUUUUUAACACUAAAAAUAGUAACAACAAUUUACCUCAACGAAGAAAGAUGAAAAACUACAAUAGAUUCCUACCACGUGCCUUUUUUCUUUAUAUAUUUAUAAUUUUUUAAAUAUAUAUUGAAUAUUAUUGUUUGAUAGAAUUGAGAAGAAAUGAGAGUUGUAGUGGCGGGCGUUUUGUAAAUUAUGAAUUUUUUUAAAUAAGCAUAAUCAUUACUUUAAGGAACAUGUUGCUUCAAUUUUUUUUUUUUGAUAAUGCAAACUUCAGACUCGAAGGAUAUAAUCAGAGUAUAGAUCAUUAGGAUUAGAUAUGUAAAAAGAAAAGGAUCACAUUUACUCUUUGCAUUAGGUAUUGUUCUUAUAUGAGGUCUUCGGACUGACGAAUUACUGCGCUUUCUGCUUAAAAGACAUUUUUUUUACUGAGGUGAUUAACCUACUUUUCACACAUCAUUACUGAGGAAUAUUUAUGCAUCUGCUGUAAACAGAAAAAGUUGGAGAACUAUUGAUUGGAAAACAUAGAAUAACAAUACAAUGGAAACAUUUGUAAAUUAUUUUUGGACAUCUGAAGAAAAUGAAGAAUAAUAUUAGGAUUAAUGUGGAGUUUAUCGGAAGGAUCAGCGAGAGAAAAGUGUCAGAAGGUUGAACCUCGCUCUAAUUAGUGAUUUAACUUUUAGUGAAAGUAAGGAAAGAACAUGAGAAUUAUAAAAGACAUUUGUAACAAUUUAAUGAAGAACCUAUUGUAGCUGGUGAAGGGUCAAAAUUGAAAUUUGUGUCUCUUUGAAGUUAAUUACACUUCUUUAUUUCUUCCCGAAGAUCUGAUCUCAUGUGAAGAUCAGAUUGAGAAUCUAAGGAAGGAGAUUCCCUGUAAAUGUUGGCUAUAACAGUCUAUUAUGCGUCAUUUCAUAACUAUAAUUAAUUAUAUACUCAUGAAUACUCAAUUGUUAUAUUAUUCAUUAAUAUUUUUAUUAUUUUUUAAAAUAACUUUUAUAUGCAGAGUUUUGUUUACGCGACCGAACAUGAUGAUCAGGAGGAUUAGAUAAAAUCACAUACUUUACUUAUCAUUCCAAUGGAUUUUCCCGUUUUUCUUUGUCGUAAAACACAUAAAAGAUUUUUUUUCCGUAAUUGUAGAAAGAUUUUGUGAAUUGAAGAAGAAUCUUACAUACCAUGUAGCAAUUGAAAAAGAAAAGAAACAUGAUAAAAGACAUUAUCACACGAGUUUACUGCUCAGAAAAUCUGAAGAACUUACCACAAUAUCAGAUUUAGGAUUUAUACAUAUUUUUUUUAGUUCUAUUAUCAAUAUUAAUAAAAAUUCAAUGCUUUUAUACAAA